UUACCUUUGUCAGGACUCUCCAGGACCAUGCAGAGAGCCAAAGCAUUAUAUACUUCCUUCCAGGUGAAGCUACAGAAGUUGAAUUAUUCAUUGUUACAUCAGGCAGGCUUGAGCUUACAUUGUGAAAUUCUUCAUCUCUGUCUGCAUCUUCAAAUACACCUGAAAUUGAACUAAUACAAAAGUAUAAGGAGAAAAAAACAUGGCUGCCUCUAAUGUCUGGAAGUUAAAACGUUAUGGACGCUUUGUCCCAGGCUCCGGAAAAGCAGCAAAAAAGCCCUGGAAGCUGUUUGAUGCCGUUGCCAACAAGCCUCAAAUUUUACUCACAUUCCUUGAACCUGGAUAUUUGCUUGUGUCACAAGGAAAUGAAAGCUUGGAUAUGAUCUCACUACUCUGUGGGUCAGACUUUGUAAAAGUGCAACAGAAUUCUGAUAAUUUGAUGAUUCGAGUAACUAUGGAGGGAGAGAGUCGAAUGAUGAGGAUGCAGUUUGAUGGAAGGAAGAGGGCGGAGGCUGUGAAGGAGUGUUCAAGUGCUGCUGAGAAAUUGAAAGAAUAUGUCACUGUCACAACUCAGAAUGGCCCAACACCACCAAAUAAUCAGCCUCCUGCUGAGGUCUCUGCACCAGUGCCACAGGGAAAGGCUGUAAGAGCAGAGCCAGAGUUAGUGCAAGGAUCACUGUCCAUCAAGCGACUAACACAGCACUUUCUGGGAGAGGCGGCACUGAAUCUGCCUCAAGUUUAUCACCACAGCCCUCUGGCAGAAAAUGAAUUAAAGCCCAUCCUUCGUGUUUGUCUGCUGGAUCCAAACUUUCAUGCAUUAGUGGAAAAGGUGGAGAGUGAGCUGAAAAAACUGCUACAGGAAUGAAGAAUCUGAAGAACAGCUGAAGGAAGAGAAGUGAUGUUAGUGCAACAUUUUGUUUUCUUCAUAUAUACAGGUUGUGUAGGCAGCAUUUGGUGUUGGAGUGUUUCUCGGUGUG